AUGCCUCCCAGGCAGCAGCAGCUCCCAUGUGGGAACCCAGUUCUACUUCAGUUUCUCCUGCAAUGGGCAGAUGAUGCUCGAGGUACGGAUCGAGAACGAACGUAUCGUAAAGCAGCUGAAUCGAUGCGACUUUGCCCUCGGGCUUUCGACCACCCCUCUGAAGCUAAAGUUCUCAUUGGCAUCGGUGACAAAAUCGCAGAGCGAUUGACAAGGAGCUUCAUCGAUUAUAAAGAGGAUAGAGGAGAAACCCCACCACCGAUGGUACCGCAUCUCAAACCUCGAAAAGCGUCAAACAAACGAAGCAGUGAAGAGCUUGAAGAUAUCGUUGAAGAAAGAAGCAGUACACCCAAUGUUGGAAGAGCACCGGCAUUUUCUGUUGAGGACAGCGGAUCGUUGUUCGAUAGUGGGGAGCCAGUGUUAGGGCGCUGGGAUCGGGCUCGACCACCAAAGAAGAAAAAGAAACCAGCUGCCCCACCAGCCGAUCAGGAUGAUGAUGGGGGCGACGCUGAAGACACUCAACCGACAAAAAGAGUCCGAAGGCCCCGAAAUACGAAGCAAUACAUACCCCGUGCUCGUUCAGGCGGCUACGCUAUAUUGAUGGCUUUGUCGGAGCUUGAAUAUGGCGAGUCGAUUGGCAAAGACGAACUCUGUCGCCGUGCACAGCCAUACUGUGACUCUUCUUUCGCCCUUGCUGGUAAUGCGGGUGAGACGCACAAGUAUACCGCAUGGGCAUCUAUGAAGGCCAUCAAGGAGCACAAUUACGUUUCGCAAAGAGGGAGACCUGCGUUAUUUUGCUUGACAGACUAUGGAUGGGAUGCCGCAGAUGCCAUGAGGGAUGUGGAAGAUCAAACUGGAGGGCCACAGGCUGCUGUCAGCGCUGUGGUGACAACUGGGGGUGGAGGGAGAAGGGGGAAGGCGAAAGAGCGGGUGCAUAGCGACCAUACGAUGGACACGUCAGUUGCAAGCGCCAUUGCUGCUGGGAAUGCAUUUGCUAGUAUGGGGAAUAGACUUGGCGGUCCCUCGAUGAGCCUUGAAGAUGAAGAGGACGAUGUUCUCGAAGCAUUGCCACCCGUACCAAGGGUUCAAAAGGACCCACAAUCGAUUGUUCAGACGCUCCCACCCCGCUCACGAGUACGAUCCGCCUCUGCCCAACCCAUGAGCAACGCCCCCCCAGACGUUACAACACCCUUCACCCCUCACUACCUUAAAGCUGGCAAUUUUAAUAUCCAUCUAGUUCUCGAUAACCGUGAAGUAGCCUCAAAAACCGACCGCGACUAUAUUCAACGCUCGUUCGAAAAUGCCAAUUGCCCGCCUGUGACAAGGGGGAUGGAGCUUGGAGAUGUAAUGUGGGUUGCAAAAGGAAAGUUGUUCGAAAAUGGCCAGGAAACAAAUCAGGAGGUAGAGCUAUCACUCGACUACGUUUGCGAACGAAAACGCCUAGAUGACUUGGUAUCUUCGAUCAAAGAUGGUAGAUUUCAUGAACAAAAGUUCAGACUGAAAAAAUUCGUCGGGAAUGUGACUUAUAUUAUCGAAUUACCCAAGGGGAAGAUUGUAGCUAGCACACCACAGAUGGCAGAUGCGAUCACCACGGCCGUGUAUAGUACGCAGGUCGUAAAUGGGUUCUUUGUGAAAUUAAGCCCAAAGGUGGACGAUACCGUAAGGUAUCUAGCGAGGUUUACAAGGCUGCUAAAGCAGCUCUAUGAAGGGAAAGAUCUAUACAUGUACCCGGAGAACCUCGUGCAGGUUGAGACCUUUGCGAACCUAAAAACUCACUUGAAAGAGAAGGAACCGCAUAAGGACUACUUUCUCAACUAUACUAGUCUUGCAGCAAUGGUGAGCAAGAGCGGGACCACUACGGUUCGGGAUGUGUUUUUGAAAAUGCUGAUGUCUAUAAGGGGAGUCAGCGGCGAGAAGGCAUUCGAAAUCCAAAAACACUUUAAAACACCAAGGGAGCUCCUAGAAAGAUACGAAAGAGCUGGAGGGGAGGCUUUGGGGAAACCGAUGAUGAUGAGUGUCGUGGAUGUGGCAACUUGUGUGGAUAGGAGGAAGAUUAAGAGGGCCUUGAGUGAGAAGAUUUGGGAAGUUUGGGGGAAGGAGUAA